AUGGGCUAUUCCACGGAGACGGCUCUUCAUGCGACUGUGUCGUUUAUCGAGGAGCAACUGGAGAGGGGCGGCUAUGCGGUGGGCACUUUCUUAGAUAUAGAGGGUGCUUUCAACAAAGUGCACAAGGUGGUGUGUGAGGAAGCGUUGCACAGGGGUGUGCCGGAGAAACUCGUGGAGUGGAUCCGGAGCAUGCUAGGGCGACGAGUUGUAGCUUCGUUGGGAACAACGAGGGUCAGUGGAGGGGUGGAGAGGGGAUGCCCCCAGGGCGGGGUACUCUCUCCACUGUUAUGGUGCCUAGUGAUGGAUGGGCUGCUUGAGGGUCUGAGUGAGAGGGGCUUCUUCGUGCAGGGCUACGCUGACGACGUGGCUCUGCUAGUGCGAGAACCCUUUCUCGGGCCUCUCUUGGAGCUCAUGCAGAACGCACUGGGAACAGUAGAGCGGUGGUGCAAGGGGACCGGUUUAUCAGUGAAUCCGCUGAAAACGGGGCUCGUUGUUUUCACUCGCAAAUAUAAAGUGGGCACUAUAAAGGGGCCCAUCUUUGAAGAUACAAGGCUAGCCCCAGCUGAGUCAGUAAAAUAUCUGGGAGUGAUCUUAGAUAAGAAGCUGUCCUGGAGGGAGCAUCUUGAAAGCCGCUCAGUUUUGUGGUGGCCUAGGGCGCGGAAGAAAGCGGCGGUGGUGGCGCUUGAGCACAUCAGGGCUCUGAUUUUAAGAGGGGCCCUGGGUGCAAUGCGAACCACGCUGGUGGCAGCCAUGGGCAUUCUGCUCGGGAUUGAACCACUUCACCAGGUGGUGGUGGGGGCGGCGGCGAUCGCUGCACAUCGACUAGCCUGUCACAGGGACGCAGACGAGAUUGAACCCGGAGCACCGGUUCAGGCCUGGGACGGGGACGUCUGGUUUACAGAUGGCUCCAAGACGGGUACGAGCUCCGGCGCGGGCAUUGUUUGCCGACAGAGGAGGGUGGCGGAAAGCCUGCUCCUGGAUGGGUACGCCACAGUUUUCCAGACGGAGAUUGUGGCGAUCCUGAGAUGUGCCCAUCUGGCCCUGAAAGUGAGGGAGACAGGUGGGCGCGUGAGAAUAUGCUCGGACAGUCAAGCUGCUAUCAAAGCACUCGAAGCUCCGAUUUACACCUUGCGGCUGGUCUGGGACUGCAGAAAUGCACUGGAGAAGCUGGCGAAGGACAAAGAAGUUAUCGUGAUCCCCAGGUCACUCGGGGGACCCAUCCCCGGUCACUCGGGGAUUGAGGGCAAUGAGGAGGCCGAUCGGCUCGCCAGGGCCGCAUCAAGAAUGGAGGUGUUCGGGCCGGGACCGGUGCUGGGGGUUCCUUUCUGCCUUGGCAGGGAGAGGCUUCGGGCCUGGCUGCGGAACGAGCACCUCGAGUUUUGGAAAAAUGAGCUGAGGACCAAAUGUCGACAGGCCGGGGCUCUACUGGAGGAAACACCCAGUGAGGGCCUAGUCCGGGACAUAAGGUCCUUGAGCAGAAGGGACGCCAGGAUAGUAGUGCAAAUACUGACUGGUCAUGGAGCCCUCAAUUACAACAUGCACAGGCUGGGCCGUUCUGAUACGGCCGAGUGUAGGGCCUGUAGGGAGGAAGAGGAGACAAGUCUCCACAUUCUUUGUGACUGUCCGGCCUAUGCAGGGCUGAGACUAAAAUUACUAGGCUCGGCAUUUCCCAAGCCAGGGCAGAUUAGCAGGCUACCUAUGAGGGACCUGAAGCUUGAGUGCUUAGCACUAGUCUGGAGCCUGAAAAAAUGGCAUACUCUCCUGUUAGGAAGACAAGUGCGAGUUUAUACCAACCAUCGAGCCUUGCAGUUCUUGAGCACUUGCGUGCAGAACAAUACAAGAAUUGCUAGGUGGUUCAGUUUUCUGCAAGAGUUUGAUUUAGACAUAAUCCAUAUUCUAGGCAAGGAUAACGCUAUAACUGAUACCUUAUCAAGGAACGCUGAUGUAGAACGCGUUCUAAAGGACAAUGAAAAAUACAUUGGUCUAAUAAGAAGUAACAUGGAUGGUACUGAAACAAAUGACUAG